AUGUCGAAGCUUUUGCGAAAUGUUACCCGAAUGGUGUCUGCUCGAUCCAAGCACACUUGCACCUUGAUUCCUGGCGAUGGUAUUGGCCCAGAGAUCUCUGCUGCUGUUGCCAAGAUCUUCGACGCCGCUGGGGCUCCAAUCGAUUGGGAAGAGAGAGACGUUUACGCUAUCCAGGAGCCAGAUGGCAGCUGGGUCCUCCCCGAGCCCGCUCGGGAAUCCAUCAACAAGAACAAGGUCGGUCUUAAGGGUCCCCUUGCUACUCCUAUUGGCGCUGGUCAUCCCUCCAUGAAUCUCAUGCUCCGAAAGACUUUCGGUCUUUACGCCAACGUCCGACCAUGCAAGUCUAUCGUCGGCCACCAGACCAAGUACGAAGAUGUCGACAUCGUCACCAUUCGAGAAAACACUGAAGGUGAAUACUCUGGCAUCGAGCACGAAAUCGUCCCCGGCGUCGUCCAGUCCAUCAAGCUUAUCACUGACACCGCUACCCGAAACGUCUGCCGACACGCUUUCGAAUACGCUCGACAGAACGGUCGGGACCGAAUCACCUGCGUCCACAAGGCCAACAUCAUGCGAAAGGCUGACGGUACUUUCCUCCGAGUCGCUCGAGAAAUCGCCGAAGAAUACCCUGACAUCAAGUUCGAAGAUGCUUACCUCGACACUGUCUGCCUCCGAAUCGUCCAGGAUCCCUCUCAGUACGACAUGCUCGUCAUGCCCAACCUUUACGGUGAUAUCCUCUCCGAUCUUGGAGCUGGUCUCAUCGGUGGUCUCGGUCUUACUCCAUCUGGAAACAUCGGUGCUGACGGUGUCGCCCUCUUUGAAUCUGUCCACGGCUCUGCCCCAGACAUCGCUGGUCAGGACAAGGCCAACCCAACUGCUCUUCUCCUCUCCGCCGUCAUGAUGUUGAGACACUUGAACUACAUGGAGAUCGCCUCCGCCAUCGAGACCGCCUGCUUCGAUACCAUCGCCUCUGGAACCAAGACUGGUGAUCUUGGAGGAACCGCCAAGUGCACUGAAUUCACUGAGGCCAUCUGCGCUCGACUGAGAAACUAA